AGCAUCUGCAGUCUGGAGCAGCUUCUUGAGGCUGCAGUUUCGCCUCCGAGGCUCCAACUCAGAGCAAAGAUUCUCUCCUCCAGUGCGUGUGUGUGUGAGAGUGCGUGAGUUCUCAGCAGCUUCACGCCGCAAUGAAGGAAUUUCUCCUGAAGUCCACCAUGAGCUCGCCAGCGACUUCUCCACGGCACCAGUGACCACCGAGGACUCAUCAGCGUCUUGCCCGAACACCGCGGACCACAUCAGCCACUGGAGCAUCGAUGGAUAAAAACAUAGUCAACACGGAGAAAUCGCACCUGAUUGAGGAAAGGAACGCCAAGAUGUAUUCUUUAAAGCAGCCGAGCUCCGUCCUGGACUCCAAAGAUGUGGACUACCCGUUGAAGAACGGCAGCAUGUCAGGUGCUAUUGAGCUGAAGCGUCCCACCGGUCUCCACUGUCACCGGACCAGGGCGCCGGCGUGCGAGGAUGGCGUGGACAAGCUGCUGGCUAAGAAGAAACUCUACAUCGCGUCUGGCGUCUGCCUCAUCUUCAUGAUCGGGGAGGUCAUAGGGGGCUACCUGGCUCACAGCCUGGCCAUCAUGACCGACGCAGCCCACCUCCUCACUGACUUCGGCAGCAUGAUGGUGAGCCUGUUCUCCCUGUGGAUCUCCUCCAGGCCCCCGACCAAGACCAUGAACUUCGGCUGGCACAGAUCAGAGAUCCUUGGGGCCUUCAUCUCCGUCAUGUCCAUCUGGAUCGUCACGGGAGUCCUGGUCUACCUGGCCAUCGAGAGAAUCGUGCGCAACGACUAUGAGAUCGACGGUCACGUCAUGCUGGUCACCUCUGGAUGCGCCGUCAUCGUCAACAUCAUCAUGGCCUACAUCCUGCACCACUCCACCACCUUCCACGCCCACGGCAGCGGCUACCACCAGAUCGACGAGGACGGCCAGAGCCCCGUGGCUCACGGACACUCACACACGCUACUAGGGGGCCACGGCAACACCAGCGUCCGCGCCGCCUUCAUCCACGUGGUCGGGGACCUCCUGCAGAGCGUUGGCGUCAUGGUGGCGGCCAUCAUCAUCUACUUUCGGCCAGAGUACAAAGUGGCUGAUCCCAUUUGCACCUUCCUGUUCUCCGUGUUUGUCCUCUGCACGACCAUCACCAUUCUCAGAGACGUCUUCAGGAUACUCAUGGAAGGUUCUCCGAAGGGAAUCGAGUUCAACUCGGUGAAGGAAGUGCUGAUGUCGGUGAAGGCGGUCAAGUCCAUCCACUGUCUGCAACUCUGGGCUCUGACCCUGGGGCAGUCGCUGGUCUCCGUCCACCUUGCCAUAGAAGAAGGAGCUGACUCCCAGUCCGUCCUCCACGAAGCCACCGAUCUCCUCCACACCAAGUUCGGUUUCCACAGCGUCACCAUCCAAGUGGAGCUCUACAGUGAGGACAUGAGUCACUGCUCACAGUGCCAGGACCCCACUGACUGAGGCCCACUCAGACCUCUUCAUCCUCUCCACAAAGCUGCCUGGAACUGAGGGGUGCGUUUGAUUCUCGUGUUGGCCAAGUGAAUCAUGCUGUCAUCACCAUGCUGAGUCACACCAGCCAAAGCCACAGAUACUCUCAGAUGUAUCUGAUCCUUGUAAGCAGAACUGAAUCUGAAGCACUCCUCAAACGUGAAUAGUGAUCCUCCAGUAUGUAGCAGAACAUUCCUCCCAUCUGCCUGAUCCUUCAAGUGUAUCUGAACCCUCAACCACAGAUGCAGAAUAAUUUACCAGUCAGGACAAUUAUGAUGUGAACCUUGAAACACAAAUGUAUUAACAACCCAAAAACCAAAGAAGAAAUUCACAAAUAUUCCAGUACAUAUCCUAAAAUGAUGGUCAAUGUUGGACCUCAACCUGUAGUUCCAGGAACAUAAGAUUAAACCUGUACCCAGAUAGACAAGUCGCCCCACAAGUGCAGGUGUAGUGUUUGUCCCCAAGUUCAGGUGUCUUCCUAAACAGAGUGUGAUCCUCACACACGUGUCACAGAACCAUCGUAUGACAUGGACGAUGAAGUCACUCUGCUGUUGAGCCCAACAUUCAGAAAAAUGCAGAACACUCACCAUCGUAGGAGAAGAAUCCACAUCUGGGGACCACAACCACCUGAACCCAAGAGUCUUCUGAGAAGCCACAGAGCCGGCGGCACGGCCCCACACCGUCAUACUUCACUGCUACUGUUCUGAUAAAAUGGCGGCCCUCCAGAGCGAUCCGAGUCGUUGCAUGGUUGUUAGCUGUUAAGUGGAAUUUGUGUUCGACUGCCAAUCACGACACUCUGCGGAGGAUGAAUCACAGACCUUUUAAAGUACUAUAUUUUCACACAUUUGUAAAGAAAAGUCUGUAUAUUUGAAUAUCUGUCAACACGGUGAAUGUAAAGACGACGUGUCGUCUGAAGUCUGCUCGUCCACUCUGGAAGUCUGAGAAUGCCUCGUGUCGUCGUGUCGUAAAUAUGUCUGUGAAGUGUUGCGGCCUGUCUGUCUGAUCGUGAUGUCGCUUCCUCCUCACACCUGUGGUGUCCCAGAGUGAAAUAAAAGUCUGCU